GUUCGCGAGGUUCUUGCUAAACACGAAGAGGGCGAGGUGCGUUCGCAGAUUUUGGAUGCUAUUCGUGAAGACCACGAUCGCGUAAUCGAUAUAAACGACCUAUUCCUUGCUCUCCGGCGAAUUCAGAAGGUGCCCGAUGAUGCGCGAUGGCAACGAAUACUUGAGGUGCUGGACGAGGAUCAUGAUGGCAAGAUCGAAUUGGAUCAUGUGCUUAAUCAAGCUAAUUAA